UUGAAGAACCCAUUCCCGCCUCUCUGGCCUUUGAUAUUUCUACUAAAUCUAAUAACCCAAAUACCCAACACCUAUAAUACUGUAUCAACUCUUUCGCCCGCAUCUGUUGCAGUUGCAGGAUCAGGACUAUACAGCAAUGGAAAAGAAUGAAAAACAAAGGAAUAGAUCAUUGUCAAAGCUUCCGCUGGAUCUCAUAGGAAGCAUACUGUCCAGACUUCCUGUCAAGUGUCUUCUACAAUUGAAAUGUGUUUGCCGGGCCUGGCAUGAUCUCAUUUCCAAUCCCAAAUUUGCCAAAUAUCGCCUCAAACAUUUUAUCAUCCAAGAGAAGCUCAUGCUCAUGGAGCACUUUCUUUAUCCAGUGCAGUAUGAUGGGCUGAAUAGUGUGGUAGAGGAGCUUGAUUAUCCUGUUACUCCUAGUUCUGUCUAUGUCUUUUUUAACAUUGUUGGAUCUUGUAAUGGUUUGUUAUUAAUAAAUCCUAAAAAUGAUGCCUUGGUUUUGUGGAAUCCAUCCACUAGAGAGGCAAGGGAGCUGCCAAAAUCACCCAUCGAGUUCCCCACUCGUUCUCGUAAAUGCUUGUCUACUGUAUAUGGGUUUGGUUAUGAUUCCUUUGCUGAUGACUACAAACUGGUUCGAGUGGUUACAUUUGCUACUGAAAGGUUUGAAACAGAAGUGAAACUGUAUUCUUUGGGAACCAAUUCCUGGAAACGGAUUGAAGACUUCCCAUACAGUGUUCCCAACAAAUCUGAUGGGAUACUUGUGAAUGGAGCUCUUCACUGGUUGGUAUAUUUGGAGAAUGAUUUAGUUUGCCCGUAUUUUGUCUCUUAUCUUGAUCUGGCUGAGGAGAAAUAUGGUUGGCUGGAAUUGCCUGAUUAUGAAUCUGGUCAAUCAUUUUGUGAUAUUGGGGUUUUGGGAGGAUGCCUACAUAUGUACCGAUAUGUCAGUGACAUUAUUUUUGAAGUGUGGUCUAUGAGAGAAUAUGGAACAACUGAGUCAUGGACUAAAUUUUCCAUCAUUGUCCCACAUAUGACAGGACUUGAAAAUUUUGUUCAUGUGAAGCCUUUGUGUUUAACAGAAAAGGGUCAAAUAAUAUUGAGGGUAGGCAGAAAGAAACUAGUUAUGUACAAUCCAAAAGAAGAAUUGUUCAGGUAUUUACGGUCUCAUGGCUUGUCAGAGAAUUCUGUUGUAGGGACCUAUGUGGAGAGCCUUGUUUUACCUUACAAUUUCGAUGUUCCUGGGGGGCAGUAUCAUGCAGAAUGGUAGCAAGAAAAAAGAAUGAUUAGAAUGGAGGAAUGGUGAUAGGAGUUUGAGGCUAGUGUGGAGCUGAGGUUUCCUAUCUAGUUGGACUUUUUGGUUAGAGACUGCAUGCCUGUCUAGAAGAUAUCUUGAGCAGUUUUUGUAUUUUUUGAAGGUAUAGCCUGUGUAAUCUGACCAUGAUGUAGUAUCAACUUUGACAUAAGAUUUUGAGGUUGGAUUUUCUAUAUAUAUAUAUGGAUUGUACUUGUGUUGAAGUAUGUUUUCAUGUUCUGAUGACAAUGUAACCUUUUUUUAAGCUUGUAGUUAUGCUAUGAAAUUAUGAAUUGACUUCAUAGUAUUGUGGAGACAUGUAAGAAAUUUCUUAUGAGAUUUAAUUUGUUUAAGGAAUCUGUCACCAUUUGGGAUUAGUUUUAUCAAUGUCCGGACUCCCGGGUCGUGACAGUUGAGAACAUGCUUGUUACUGUAUGUGACUGAGAGAAUUCUAUGGUACACGGUACACACUUUUCUAAUUUUAACUGUUCAGGUGUGUUGCAUAGAAUUUUCCAUUGUUUAUAUCUCUUCUGAUUAUUAUGUGCUGAGUGCUGACACAUUGCAGCAAGCUAUGACUGGCAGAAUCGAUUUUAAAACUGUAUUUAUGCCAUUUUGUUCAUGAGUAUCGAGAAGAGGGAGAAAGUUUUACAACAUCACAAAUAAUUGUACUGGCAUAGCACAGCUUGUGUUGAAGAACUCUUUGGCCAACAUUCUGGGCACCAAAAUUCAAGGAAUCUUUAGAGGUUCCAAGGGGAAAAUCAUGAAAGUUACGCAUUUGUCUUUAUCCUAGGAGUAGGCUUCAUUUGUCGGCUUAUUUUAACUUAAGAUUCCAUUGCUCAUUUGUACUAAGUUUUGUUGGGGAAUGGUCUCAAAAUGUUUUUUACAUUGAGUCCUUUAUUGGAUUUUGAU